GUUACAUAAAAGUCUUUCACCUCAAGCAACAAAACAGUUGUGGAGUAGAAAAGAUAAGAUUAGAUAAGACUGAUAUGGAUAAAAUGUAGUAUACUAUGAAAUAUAGAUUUAUCUCAGAGGAAAAUACAUGACUCAGUUCACACCACAUUUAUGAUACAUAUAAACAACAUGUCAUAUGAUACUGCAGGCGAAGCUCAGCACUGAGGAUGCUCAGGAGUAACAGUCCCUUUGGUAACGACACCAGCAGCUAUGCAGGAUCAAUCCAGUCUAACGGUUAUUCCAGUACUGUGGAUGAGGUGUCGUCACUGGUCUCAAACGUGUCCACUCCCAGUGCAAAGUCAAUUUACUUGCAGAGGAAGGUGUACGCAGUGUCUGUAAACAGGAUGAUGAACCGAUUUCAGUACAAAGUGGAGCACCUGUUCACCUGUGACCUGGAUGGGAGGGAGUUGAGAAGCGUAGCAGACUGUGUGGAGCGUCUGAAGCUGCUGGACGGGAUGGGCCGUGUGUGGGGUCAGAACAUGCUGCUGGAGGUGCGAGGAGUCAACCUGCUGCUCACCGACACCGACACCAAGGAGGAGCUGGAGUGCAUAGCUCUCAGUGACGUCGUGGAGCUGAAGGCAGUGCUGGACGCUGGCAUCUUCAACUCCCUGCUCACUGUGUCAGUUCAGCCCGGGAGAAGGACCACCACUGUCUUCAUGUUCCAGUGUGAGGACGUCAGGGCUGACUAUGUCCAGAAGGACCUGACACAGGCACUGGCGCGCAGGAGAGAGAAUCCAAGCAUCUACAGCAGUUCAGGAGUUACAGCAGCCCGCGAAGGAGAGAAAAAAUAUAAUGCUCCAAACGCUUCUGAGAGGGAGGUGUUCCUUGAGCCUGAGCUGCGCCAGGAGGAGGAAGAGGAGGAGGAGGACUCACCUUUCCAAGAGGAAGUACCGUUACCACAGCUCUCCAGCCCUGAGGAGGGUCCUCCACGUCCGUACACAGAGGUGGACAGGAGUGUGGAUAUUUUAAAUCAUAUUCUAAGUGACAUUGAAACCUUCAUGGGACAAGUCUCUGCGGCCGUGGCAAAAAAUGGAAAGAAAAAGAAGAAGAAAAAAGGGAAAGUCAUGGAUGGUAUGCCUCCUGCUGAAGAAUUUGCAGAGUGUCUCCAUAAGAUCAAAAGUGGUUUCAACCUUCUGGGGGAGCUCAAUGGCCAGAUCAGUAAUCCCAGCGCUCCUGAAUUUGUUCACACCCUCUUCUCCUCAUUAGAAUUUGUAAUAUCUCACUGUCCUGAGGAUCUGCCACAGACCAUAGUGGCUCCACUGCUGACGCCUCUGUGCAUCCGACUCAUGAGCGAGGAGGCGUCUCCAGAGGAGGACCAGCUGUGGCAGUCCCUGGGAGACGCCUGGAACAUCCCUAGCACCAAAUGGCCAGAGGAUGACGAGGACAUCCCGAUAUACACUCUGAAGUUCUUUGAUGGCUGGCAGCCUCCUGAAGUAUCCUCAGCGCCUUCACACAGUGAACCUGUGGGCAAACAGGAGAGGCCAUAUCCUGCACCCAGCCAGGAAUAUUACACACAGACUCCAGUCAACCGGAAGCCACAACCUCACCCUCAAAUAGCUCGCUCAGGUGAAUCUAAUGCACGUCACAUGCCAGUUAUGUACGACUUCAUUGCUAGAAACCACAGAGAGCUCACCGUCACUAAAGGGGAAAUAGUUGAGCUGCUGGACAUGUCCAAGCAGUGGUGGAAAGUGAGGAACAGCAGAGGAGAGGAGGGAUUUGUUCCUAACAAUGUGUUGAACGGUCAAGAUGAUGAACAACCUAACGAGGAAACUGGAGGCUCUCCUGUACUGACAAAGAAGUCCAAGCCUGCAGACGUGAAAGCCUGGCUGGAAGACAAAGGCUUCAGUAGAAUCACUGUGCGCUGUCUGGGCGGGCUGAGCGGCUCCAUGCUGCUGGAGAUGAGCAGAGAGGAGCUGAAGACCGUGUGUCCAGAGGAAGGAGGACGAGUCUUCUUCCAGCUACAAGCUGUCAAGUCCACACUGGCUUAGGCUGCCAGUUAAAGUGAGAGCUACAAGGCGAUAUUGAAGGAAGACAAGGAUUCAUGGAGCUAAACAGGUCCCCUGUGGGUAGUGACUUAUAUGUAAUUUUAAAAGUAAACUAAUACAGUUGUCUGGUGUGAGUCAGAAAUAGUUGACAUGUUAUUUAAUUAGUAAACUUGAUUGAAAGUGUAAAUAAAAUAAGGUACAGUGGAAAACAUGUG